AUGCACCGUACCACGUGCGGCGGGCUGGCACUGUGUAUGUUCAACAUCAUCCCUGCCAGCCGGUCCCACCGCGCAAGCCAAAACCUAGGCUGGGACCAUGGCACGCAGGAUGGCUGUCUUGGAAAUGGCGAUACCGCCGUGUCGAGCCUUUCGGUCAUCGUAAAGUCCCCCUGGGCCAGCCGCACAGCCCGUCUCGAAGUGUUACGUUCGCAACGCCUGGCCGAAGUUUCGGCCCUGGCAUGUGACCAUCUGGGUAUCAAGUAUGGGACUGAGCCAGAGAUUGAGAUGAGCUUGUACGGCCCGGACCUUCGAGAGCUCCCACUAGACAAUACGCUGGAGGCCGUUUGCAGCAACAGCAACGAUUCUGGCUGCGUCGUUGCUGAUGGGUUCCUGCGCCUGCACCUGCUGCCUUACAAGGUUCUGUGGGAACAGUAUUGGAGUGGGGAGAGUGCGCAGCGCAGGAGCGAUGGGCAGCGGCAGCGUGUGGGAGGCCCGGGUGCAGGGUUGGCUCUGGAAACGCCUCCGCCUGCCGAUGCAACCACAGCCACCACAGUCCAGACUGUGAAUUCUCUGGCUGCCUGCGACGGUGAUGGUGAUGGCAGGUCAGCUUCAGGCGCAGGUGUGAAGGCAGAAGGCGAGGCGCCGACGCCGUUGAACGCCAAUGGACAGACGGCGACGAUGACGACGAUGACCCAGAUCACAGCCGCGUCAGAUCGACCUGCGGCAGAGUCCGCGGACCUUUUAGAAGAGCCAGACUGGCUUCCACUGUACUGGCACCUAUGGAUGUCUGAUCCUGAUCACACUGCCGGUAUGCCGGCUGCACCGCCUGACGGCUGUCCGCCGGUAUCAUUUGUUCACGAGGCGGAGACACCGCUGUGCGUCUCACUUGACGUCUUUGCGGGCUGGAUGGGUAUUCCACCCCUGGGCCAGGCAGCUAGGUCACUGGUGACACCACCACCAUCUCGAGGACCGCUGCAGCCAACUACUUCGGGCACGCCGCCUACUGGCUCUUCUGCCGCACCAGGACGCGUCGGCGGCCAGGAGGCGGCGGCGUCCGAUGCCGUGCAGCUGGCGGGAAUGGCCAUGGACCAGCAGCCGUCAAGCACUGCUGGAGGGGAUUCUCUGUUGCUUCAUGCCGGUACGGCACAACGUGCAGAAUCGCCGCCGUUACCGCAUCCCACUAGCAAUGGGCAGACAGCGGCGGCAGCGGCUCCGUUGACGCAAUCGCUGCCGGUGCCGCUAAGCCAGCAGCAGCAGCAGCCGGCGGAAUCACAGUCUCAGUCCUCGGGUUGUGGCUCCUGGUGCCGCCACAUGGAAUGGCUCCGUGGUGGCGGCACGCGCAUGCUGCGGCUGUUGGCCGCAGCGACCUCCACAUCAGCGUCGGCUUCAGCGUCAGCUGGCAGCAAUGGCAGCGACUGUGGGCGCGGAGGCGCCAGCGGCGCCUCGGCCAGCGGUGGCAUGAGCAGCACCUGCGGCAGCGAGCGAGGACCGUGGGGUGGCAGCAGUGCCAGCGGAAGCGGUGGCAGUAGCGAUUCAAGCAGCAAAGUGGGGCCAAGUCCGCACUCAGUUGAGCAGCUCGGCGCGCAGGGUCUGUCAGGCGUCGGGUACAACAGCAGGCGAAGCAGCGGGAGCGGCGCGCUCAAUGAAUCCACAGCCUCGCUCCCUCAGGCUCCCACUGCAUCGGGCGCUUCCACAGGAACCGGCAAAGAUGCUGGCGGAGCGGAGGGCCAGGCGUGGAGCAGGGACGACUUGGGGGUCCCUGCUGCGUGUUGCGGCUUGCAGCUGUUAUGGCUUAACAGACAGGUGUCGUACGACGCAAGUCCUGCGGAGUUAGGCAUGUGUGAUCAGUCGGUUGUGGCGCUACUGAAUUUGUGCGACAAACCGGAUUGCGCUGCUUGCUUGAUGACCCGUGGGUCACUUUACGGUGACGUGGCGCUGGUUGAGCGCUCGCUGGCUGCAGGCGGCUUGGGGCCCGUGGACGAGCAGCAGCGGCCACCGCAGCCGGCGAAUGAGGUGUCAGAGAGCGAGUCCUCCGCUCCUUCAUCCAUCAACUGUGAGGGCAAUGGGGCCGGCAGUGGCCGCACAGCAGUGAAGCCGGCUGGGCAUAUGGCUGGCAGUGCCAAGACUGGUAGUCGGCCACCCAUGUUGAUGCCGCUGGGAAUGGCUGCGGCCAAUGGAUAUGAGGAGGUGCUGGAGCUGCUGCUACAGCGGAGAGUGGACAACCCUAACGUGUGUGACAAGUUCGGACUGCCGGCGCUGUGGUUCGCGGUGGAGCACGCCCAGCCCGGCUGCGUGAAGCUGCUGCUGCAAGCCGGGGCACGCGCUGCGGACUGGGUCUUUGCAACGUCAGCCGUUGCGGCAACUGCCAGCUCGGUCACUCCGGCCGCUGGCGCAGGGGCUGGCGCAGCGGCGGACAAGGCGGCGGCGGAGCGUGCUUCAGCAGCCGCCGCGGCAGGACUGCCCCUGGCGGUGGCGUCCUAUAUGGCCCUGUGUCACGCCGUGGAGGUCGGGGAUGUACGAACGGUGCGGGUUUUGUUGCGUUUCGGAGCGUGUCCGUACACACCGGACGACAGCAAUGGCACGCCGUACCAUAUGGCCAUCGAGCGGGGCGACGUGGAAAUCGUCCAGGCGCUGCUGGACGGAGACCCUGCGUUUGAGGAGCUUCAGAGGGCCCAGGCGGACAUCUACCGGCGGCUGCUGCAUGCGUCCCAGCGGGUGGAGCGGUCUGAAGUGGCUGGCUGCCCCUGCGUCCAGUGUAACUACCGCGUCGCCAUUCGCGCCGCCGCGACCCCUGAAACCGAGGAGCUUCGGGCCCAGCUACAGCUGGUGGCACUUCCCGCCGUUAUGGAUGCCGCACCUCCAGAGGCCGCGGUGUCCCUCAUGGCGGCCAUGAAGACGCGGGGAGCCCUCCUGGAUGCCCACGAUGCCGAUGGUUACACUGCGCUGCACCUGGCAGUGCGAGCUGGGAACCUCGCGGCGAUACGCUGGCUGCUGCAGAACGGUGCGGACCCCCUGGAGCGUGACGCCCUGGGCUACAUGCCGCUACACCUGUUGGCGCAUUACGGCUGCAGCGCAGCGCCCACACCGGCGGCGGUCGCGGCGGCGGCGGUGGUAGCCACCACCGGCGGCGGCUCAGUGGCGGUAGCAGGGCUGGCGGGUCCUGGCGGCAAGCCGGGUGGCGGCGGCGGCGGCCUUGGGCAGGUAGGCUCAGAGGGAAGCACUGCAGUCGCGGACGCCACCUCUGGAUUGGCUAGCGGAGGACAGUUGGAGCUGGCGGCGGCUCGGCUGCUGGUGGAAGAUGCGAGGAUGCCGCUGGGCGCCAAAACCACGUGCUUCGCUUACGAGGCGGAUGUGCGAGCGGAGGAGAAAAAGCUCCGUGCCGGGGUUCUGGGCAGCCUAACCGGUGCGUCCGCCUCCGCGCGAGGCGGUCGCCGCGGUGCCGCUGCCGCCGCGGCGGCGGCCAAGAAGCGCAGCCGCGAUCCCAUGCUGACGGUGCCCCUGUACGGCGGUCACACCGCCGCGCAGCUGGCCUUGCGAAUCCUCCUGUCGUACGUACAGCAGGGCAAGCAGUCAGGCGCGCCGUCGGCCUCCAGCCUGACGUCUAGUACGGCACAGGACUCUCGGCGGCUCACAUCCAAAGGCCCCAAACGCGGCGGAGGCGGUGGUAAUGGUGCCGGUGUUGGCGGUGGCGGUGGUAGUGGUGCCGGUGGCGGAAGCAGUGCCGGUGUUGACAGGGGAGACAAAUGCACCCCGCGCGAUCGAAGCUUUUCACCGCAAGGGGGUGAUGUGGUUGCGACGGACGCAGCGCCGGAAGCCAGCAUCGCCGUCGCCAGCGCGGCUGGUUCGGCAGCGGAGGCGACAGCAAAGCCCCAUGUGCACAUGCGGCUUGGCUUUGCUGCACAGCCGGACGGACCCGUGGGUCCGUUGGCCAGUGUGGAGCUGCAGCCCAUGUGUGCGGAUGGCAACAUUUGGCUGGGGGGCGUGGGACCUCGCGCGGCAGCGGCAGGAGGUCGUGCUUCAUCGGAGCAGGCGACGACUCCGGCGGCUGGACCAGUCGUGACGGCUCAGGUAGCGGAGAACGGCACUGCACUGCUGCUGGAGCGGCGUAAGGCCCGCAGGACAGGGGCCGGCUUCGUUAUGGGAGGUGCCGCCAUUGGCACCGGGGCAAAGCACAGCGGCGGAGGUGCAGCGUGCACCUGCAACGCAGCCGUUCCCGGCGGCGACGCCCUAGCAGGAAAAUCUGCCCCCUGCACGGCGCCGUUACCGCCACCGGUACCUGCCCCUCUGGCAGCGGCGACCCCGCCGCAGGGCCCGUCUAACCCUGCGCCGGUGCCCUCCGGACCGCUGGUGAGCCAUGCGACGGUGUCGGCGGUGGCAGUGCAGCCACAAGUUCCCCCAACCCCUAAACUGCAAGCAGCAGCCUCGACGGCUGCGUCGCUGCUGCUGACCGUUGACGCGCCGCGGCAGACAUCAGCCGCCGCGGCAGCAAAGCCGGCAGAACUACCUGCCGUGUCCCCAUCUACGAUUGCACUUGCCGCAGCCGCAGAACCAGCAGCAGUAGCGCCGGAGUCGUCGACAGGUUUGGCAACCUCGGGACCUAGUCCAUUCGGCGGUGAUGACUUCGCGGGAUCGAAGGCGGAGCAGGCGGCGCCGCUAGUGGUAGUGGACCCGUCACCGCGCGGUAGUGGACCCGUCGCCGCUGACGACACGGCAACCGACGGAGGCGACGAGGCGGCAGGUAGCAAGAGCAGCCGCAGUGCACGGCGGCGAGCGGCUCGUAGGGAGGCUCGUAAGGCGGCAGCGGCUGCAUCUGUGACAGGAGCAGCAGCACCGACACAGGCGCCUGCGGGCAACGGCAGCUCCCCCACAACCGCCGCUUCCUGGGCUUCCGACGUGGCAGAAGCGGCCGCCACUGCGGCGCCUGAUGCAAUCGUACAGCAGGCGCUCACAGCUCAGGAGCUGCAUCCGUCGCCAGCGGCACCUACGCCAGGGACAGGGCAGGAGCCGGAACCUGCAGGCCGGGGCGGGGCGGCAGCGGGGGCCUGUGAGCCAGGUCCCGGGCCAGGGCAGCCAGAGCUGCGGCCCUCGAAAUCAGCAGCUCCACCGAGCACGGGUGCGGGAGCAGUGGCGGUGCCGCCUCCGCUGGCACCGCAGCCACCACUACUGCCACCACCCGAAGAGCAGCAGCCGCCUGCUGCCACUGGUCUUCCUGUCGCCUCGGCCACGCCGCGGGUCGAGACGGCGGUCGCACCAUCUCCACGCCCGGCCUUGGUACUGAACAGCGUGGCUCCGGCGGCUGCUACUUCCUCUGCGGCUGCCUGUGCGGAUAGUGAAUCCCUGGCCAAGCGAGUUCAAUCAGAGACCCUGGCUGGUAACCAAGUAUACACCGCCGUAACACCUAGGGCCGUGGGUGCAUCCGCUCUGCAUCCCAACGCGCCUUGGGCCGUGGCUGUGAGCCCUGCUGCCGCUAUCGCCUCCACAACAGCUGCCUUAUCAGCAGCAGCCCAUACAGUAGCAAUGGCACCUACAGCAGCAGCCUUAACAGCACCAGCAGCCAGCGCAGCGUCUACGGGCAGGGGCUUGAAGCAGGGUGCCCCUGCAGCAGACGUGCAUGUCUCCUGUAUGGCAGAUUCAGAGGUGGGUACUGUAGUCGUCGCAUCGACGGCUGUGGAAACAGAGCCUUACAUAAAGAUUGAGGUGGAGGCGGUGGCUGAGGGUGACGAAGGCGGACAGUGGAAGGUGGUUUCGGGGCAUCGUAAUCGACGUGCCCAGGGACAGGCACACGGACAAGCCUCCGUCGCGGCAGAAGUGGCCCCACAGAGCGCAACGACAGUGCCUGUUAUCGCAGCAGGCAAUAGCCUCCCGCCGCCGCCCCAGCAGCAUGUUGGCGCUGUAGCAGCAGCACCCGCUGCUGUGGCAGUGGUGCGGCCCGUAGCGGGAACUGGCGCAUCGUCGUCGUCUGCGUCGGCAGUGCCCUCUUUUGCAGCAGCGGCAUUGGCAGGGCCAGUGCCUGGCCAAGCGUCAGGGACUGCGCCGGCUGGCGGAAGGGCAGCUGCGCCCCGACAGGUUGUAAUGGCCAGUAGCGACAGCCGCCAUUCGUCUUCCCCGGAGCCGCCAGGGCUAGGGAACCAGUGGGCUGGGGAAUCCGUAUCUUGGCUGGCAACGAGUGGCGAUGGAGCUUCUGCAGGGACGGUCGCGCUAACCAUGCCGGCGGCGGUCGCGUCGGCGUCGGGGGCAGCGGAUCGGUACGGGUCUGCGGCUAAAGCGGCGCCACUGCCGCCGACGCCGUCGGCCGCCGCUACCCAAGCGGCUAGCCCAUCGUCAACGGCUGGAACCUCAGCGAAUGGCAGCUCUCCCUCGGCGGCGCCGGGUCUCGGCCAACGCGUCACGGGUGUCAAGCGAAACAACAGCAGCGCCAACCCCGGCGCUGCCACGGAUGUGUGUGGUUACAUCGAAGUUCCUCGGAGCUUGCUAUACAGCAAGCGAGGACCCGUGGGUCAGUUUCCGACGUCGCAGGCAUCUACGGCUGUCGCAAGUGCCUCCCCUGCCGCGGCGGCACCGACGGGGGCUUGGGGAGCGUUGGCACAGCCGCCGACACAGUCACUGCCGCCAGUGAUGGCCAGCAAUUCGACGGUGACGACACCCACGGCGGCGCCAUGUCUGCCCACGGCGCAGGCAACAGGACGGCCUGCCACGCCGGCGACCUUGCCGCCACCGCCGUCGCAUACCCACGCAAUCUCUAAUUCAACGGCAUCAGCACCUCCAGCCGUACCGUUAGCGGCAUCGCCACCGGCGGGCAGCGCGCCGCUAGCACCAGGACCUGGGCCCAGUGUGGCACAGUCCUUUGCAGCCGCCGUCAAGGGCGAAGCAGGUCCAGGGCAUCACCCAACGCCGCCAUCAGCACCACUGCCUGGACCAGCACCGGUUCCGUCCCAACCGCCGUCUCAGCCGGCCAUGGCUCGCGCGCCACUGGGACGAGCCGCCUCCGGAUCAUCGUCCUCAGGUUCUCAUGUCCAUCCCCCAACACCGACGCCUCUUACGUUGCUGCCGCCAACCUCUGCCACCGUCUCGACCGCGGCGACGCCGCGGGAUGGACUGUCGCUUACAGCCGCCGCUGCCGUUGCUGCUGCAGCCGCCGGUGGUGCUCCAGGUCCCUCAAGAGGCCGUAACAUUAACAACAUGAUCAGCAAGGGGUUAAACGCUCCAGGGAAGGCGGUGAUAACUGCGACGGCGACGGCGAUGGUAACCACCGCUCCCCCUUCCGCUGCUGCUACUGCCGGAAAUGUGGCGAUGAGCCGCUCCGGGAGCUCGGGCAGCGUUAAUUUCGGAGCCAAGGCCAGUGCUAGCUUGGUGACGAAUCUGAACGCGACGCAUCCUCCUCCAUCCGCCGGCUCAGCGACCAAUUUGAACGCCACUUAUCCGGGCCCGUCAACCUCCAAGCUAAACCCGCAGGCGAACGAGUUCGUACCUUUAAGGUCGUCCUUAAACAGCAGCGGCUCCGGCUUCUCCUCCUCUCUCCGCGCUUCGGGCGGCACUCCUCCUGUAGCUGCUACUGCAGCGUCCACGACUGCGGCUACAGCGACAUCUAGUCCCGCCGUACACCUGAGCGUCUCCAGCGUGCAGGUAGCUCCUGGCGCGGCUGUAGCUCGUACGGCAGUGGGGCCACCGGCGGCGUUGGCGGCAGGAGGUGGAACAGGAGGAGGACCGCUUCAGAACAACGUCACGAGCACCGCCAACGGGCCCGGUGUUACCGGGGCCCCAGCUUUGGGCCGGAGUAGCGGGGCUCCUUUCGCCUCCUCCUCCGCGUCCGGGCCAGGUCUGGGUGCCGCCUCCAGAACCCCAGCUGCCAGGCCCACGUUCAGCUUUGCAAACUCUGGGAACGGUGCUGGUGCUACUGCCGCUGCUGCUGCGACGGCUUCGAUUGCGCCGGGGGCGGCAGCAGUGGGAGGCGGCCUGCUGUCACCGUCGCCGGGACCCUCCAGCACACGACCCAGUAUGCCGCAGCCGCCAAGCAGCAGCACCCCGCAGCCGCCCACAGGCAACGGCAACGGGGCCUCCGACGGAGGUCAUGUGUCGUACAGAGCAUACGGCAACAGUACGGCGGUAGCGGGUAUGGUUCAUGGCUCACGUGGCCCCACGCCGCCCCAGGGAGCCUCGCCACUGCCCGCGCAUAUACAUCAGCAGUUGCAGGCAGCGUCGCAGCCGGGGCAGCCGCCGCCUGCGUCGCCUGUGGCGCAAGUGAUGUCUUGGCAAGCCGUACAGCCGAUACAGGUUCUUUCGUCGCCAAUACGGCGCCUACCUGACCUGCCGGACUUGUACCGUGCCAUGGUAUCGCCGUACUGCUCGUACAUGGCUCACUCGCCGCGGCCCACGUCCGGCGCUGGUGCCGCCGCAGCUGUCGCAGCGGCUGCCGCCAGCGCCGCCGUGUCCGCGUCAGCAGCAGCCGUCGCCGCCGCUGCGACGGCGGCUGCGGUAGCUGAAGCCGAGGCACAGGCAGCCGCAGCCGCAGCGGCGACAGCCGGCCAACAACAGCAGCAAAAGCUGCAGUCACAGCCAUUACCACAACAGCCGCCGCCGCAGCAGCAGCAACAACAACAACAACAACCGCAAUCGCAACAGGAACCUGAACAACAACAGCAGCAACAGCAACGGGGGGAAGAGUCCACAAGCGACGACAGCUCCCGCAUGACGUCACCGGAGCGUCACCAUUUACCCGCGUCGUCAUCGUCGUACAAUCCCCUGGCGGCGCCGCUGCCGCAGCUCUCCAUGUUGCCUCACGGGCUGUUCUGUGGGGAGCAGCUCAUAAGGCCCACGUGUACACGCCUUUGGGGCUUAGAUCCGCUGCAGCAGCUCAGGGCCACGCAGACGUCCCUGGAUGCGACCAUCGCCGCAGCUUUCGGGGUGCCGGGAUACCUGGCGGCGACGCAGCCCCUGCUUGGCAACGCAACAGCUUCCGUUAGCUCUGCGGCUCACAGGUGUGUCGUCCAGGAAGGGUCUUCCACGAUAUAUGAUGCUGUUGGUGGCGAUGCGACGGGCGGCAGUAGCAGGACGGGCAUGCACGCCGACGGCGAAGGCGGAGAGCUGGGCACGGAGGGCCGCGAGCGGGUGAGCAGCGGUGGCGGUGCGGGAGGCGGUGGUGGUGGUGGUGGUGGCUUCAGCGCCGGCAUUGUUCGCGCGUUGCACAGCAUUUUCGCGGAGGAGGAUGUGGAGGAGGAGAGGCGACGGCAGAAAGAGCGGGAGCAGCAGGAGCGCGCGCCCCCGGUGCCCCUGCCGCAGCGUGACGCGGCAGCAGCGCCGACAGCGCCGCCUGCAGGGCUUCCGCAACAGCCGCUACAACCACCGUCGGCUCCUCCAACGGACAACGGCCCCGGCUCGAACACUGUCGCCGACCCGCAAGCGCUUGCUCCCGCGGGUACCCGGUCCCGCGGUCCGAGUCCGCAGCCCCAGCUACGACAACAACAGCAGCAGCAAAAUUCGCCACAGCCGCUGCCGCCGCAGCAGCAGCCACAGCAGCCACAAAAACAGCAGCAACGGCCGCAACAGCCGCCGCCGCUGCAGCAGCAGCAUCUGCAACACCAGCAGCAUCACAACCCGCAGCAACAGCAGCAUCUGCAUCCCCAACAUCCCCACCAUCACCGCGAGGCGCUUCCUAACCGGCAGCAGCCCCAACGCCUGCAUCAGCAACAACAGCAGCAACAACAGCAACAACAGCAACACACGCAUCCGCCACCGGUGCAGCAGCACCAGCAGCCUUUACUCCUGCACCACCACCAGCAACAGCACCAACAUCGGGAUUUGGCUUUCCAGCCCCUUCGGGCCGGGCCGCCACCACCGCCGGGGAUCAUGGUGCCGCCUUUCACGAACGAUUGGCGCAGCGCCGUCAUCUCCCUCUUCACGGGAGCUCGCGCGCACAACGCACCCCCCGCUGCACAGCCGGCGGUCGCAGCUGCGGCGCUCUGGUGGACCGCCGUACGACAGGCUCCGGAGCCGCAGCCGUACAACAACGAAAACUCACCAGCGCUGCCAGCAGGCAUUCCCACCCCGUCCGUCAACGGCGGCCGGUUGCCUCGGCCACCUGGCUUUGAGCACCUCAACCUCCGAGGCUCAGGAGGCGGCUGGGGCCAGAAGGCCGUGCACGGGCACAGAAAGGGCAGCGACGGCGGCGGCAGCGGCAGCGGGGGAGGCAGCGGCGGCGGUGCUGGCAGCGGUGGUGGAGCCGCCGGAAGUAAGCCCCAGCAAGGCCUGGUGGUGAUGAAGCAGCUGGUGCAGGUGGUUGGUCCCCUGGAUGCUGAGACCAUGAUCAGCGAGUGCCUGCAGGGCCGACUGGCCCCCCAUACGGAGGUCUGCGGCACGCUGGCGGGUCUGGUGGGUCCGCCGCCCCUGGAGCUCUUUGAGCCAUUGGGCGUGCUCAUCGCGGCAGUGCAGAGCGGCGGAGGCUGCUACAUGCUUGUGGAAAGGUGGUGA